GAAUGAGACUAUGACCACGGUGUUUUAGCCAUGGGCUUGCCAUGCGUUGGAUCCUCGCAGCCACCGUGCUAUUGGCUGCACUGCUGGGCGGCUUCAUCGGCCGACAGCUUGCGCAGGAGAAUCUCGAUGCCCUCGAGCUCCCUGACAGCGUCGACCUGUUGAGCCAGGAGCACUUGGCCGCUCGCAGUGCCUAUGAGCGGCUCUUUGGAGAUGGGCUCGGCCUUGAGGGUGGUGAGCCGAUGACAUGGGAGAUCUUCCAAGAACGCUACAUGGCAGCUGCAUUGCGCGAGAGACUCUCCCGGGCGUUCGGGAAAGCUGACCUACCAGACGCGUUGCCGAGUGGCUUUGUGGAGGAGGUCCGAAAGAAGGAUGCCCCGACCACACUGGAUGGCCAGGUGGAGGCACUUCUGGCCCAGAAGCGUCAAUUCCUCGCAGUAAAGGAGAUGCUGCUGGAAGGUAAAGAGGAACAGAGUUUGACUGCUGGCCCAGUUCCUUGUGGCAGUCCUCUCUAUGAUGAGCAUGUAUAUAGCCAAGUUGACGGCUGCAGUGCCAGCGACACGAAGUCACCCUCAUGCGGCCGGUGGAUGCUUCAAGAAGUGGCCAAUGAAGAAGAGGUGGCAGCAAUGAAGGAAACUGUGCUUCAGGCUUUCAAACAUCUUUUCCACGCAGGGCCUAUGACAUCUUUGGCCGUGGAUUCAAAAGCAUGGCCUUUGCUGUCUGCCAAGAUGCUCACCCAGGACUUGCUGCAGCGCUCAAGGCAGGCCAUCUCGGGUGCUUUGGGAAUUGAGUUGUUCUUCAGCGGCGCUUUGCUGGUUCGGCUCCAGAUCCCUCCCAUUGAAGGUGAUAUGCAGCAGAAUUCUAGCCUUGGCGAUGCAUUCGCAGCACACGUUGACAAGGCCAAUGUUGCCUCGUACGACUGGAGCGCCCUACUCUACUUGAGCUCAGCUGGCAUAGACUUUGAAGGUGGUGAGCUGCUCUUCCUCAACACACAGAAGGACAGCGUCCUAGCUCCUGUGGCUGGGCAACUGGCCUUCUUUAGCUCUGGCUUGGAGAAUGUUCACCGUGUGAAGCCCAUGGUGCGGGGCUGCCGGCUGGUGCUGGCCAUGUGGUUCACCUGCAGCCAAAGGCACUCUCAUCCUGACUUAGAAAUCCACGCUGGACAUCUACGGGAGACGUGACCAAGACUCGAGGUUGUUGAGUUGUGAUGGGCCUGGCGGCCGCCAGAAGUUGCAGUAGGGCUGGAAGAAGUAAGGAGCCGUGCAAGUUCAUCCCAUGAAGACCAGAUGGGUAAGCUGCAUGCGGUGCCGUCACUGCAGACAGCUGAUGAACGCGAAGAGGAC